UAAAAAAAUAAAUGUAUUGGAUUGGCGUUGGAUGGCAUUCUGUAAUUUUGGCAUAGAAACAAAAAUGCUUCUUUUAAAAUGUUAACAUUUACCUAUAGUUGAUUAAUAUAAAUAUUAGCUGUUUUAAUUAAUUGGUUCAUGAAUAAUUUUAAACAUAUUGAAGAAGUUAUUCAAGUGACAAUAAUACAUAGUGACGCGAUACGAUCCGCCAUAAAUGUAACUCACUAUUUCAGUGAAUUGUUUAUAUUUUGAUAGUUAUUAUGUUUUAAAUAAGAAGACAAAAUGGCUAGUCCAUCUCCGCAAAGUAGCCCCAUGCCGCCGCCACAAGCGCCCAGUCCCAUGGGGCCGCCGUCACAAAGCCCAGCGCCGCCGCAGUCUCCGCACAGUCCUUACAAUCAACACGUCAACGGGCCACCAUCUCAUCCACCUAGUUCUGGACAACCUAUGCAGAAUCACAUGCCACCUUCAGGUCCACCGCACACUAUUGCCUCUAACACUAACGGUGGACCACAACAGCAUCCGGGUAUACCGCCGCCGGGACACCAAAUGUCGCCUCAUAUGGUCGGACAGCACAUGCCUGGACCACCGGGACAUCCUAUGAGCACACCUGGACCUCAUCAAGGACCUGGCCCAAAUGGUCACUCUAAUAUGCCUAGUAACGCUCAACACCCGAAUAUGCAAGUACAGGGCCCACCCCAUGGAUACAUGCAGCAUCAGAUUGGUCACAUGCCGCCUAAUCAGGGUCCCAUGACAAUGGGCAGUGGACCUCCGCCUCCAGGUAAUGGACCACAGGGGCCACCUGGGCCGCCGCUCCCGUUAGGCGGUCCACCUCCUCACGGUGUGCAUCCUCAAGGAAUGCCACCCAUGCCACCGCAUCACGGCAUGAUGGCGUCACAGGCGGGGUACUCCCACGCGGCGCCCUCUCCCGGCGGAGCACCGACUCCGCCUGGAGGGGCUCCCGCCAACCAGCCGUCCGGAGCUCCGCCACAACAGCCACCAGCGGCGCAGACUCCGCCACACGGCGCCGCGCCACCGUCCACCUCUGCGAACGGAGCGCCCUCGUCAUCUCCAAUGCAGGGUUCACUCGCUGCUUCGGGACCUGAUAAUCUCAACGCAUUGCAGCGCGCUAUUGACUCCAUGGAAGAGAAGGGCUUGCAAGAGGACCCGCGUUAUUCUCAGCUGUUGGCCAUCCGCGCGCGUUCCAACCCUCAGGAUCCCAACAAGGGGCUGUUCUCCAACAAUCAACUAGGUCAAUUAAAGGCACAAAUAGCAGCGUAUCGAAAGCUGGCAUGUAACCAGCCAAUCACACAACAAAUAGCUCUUAUGGCGGCUGGCAAACGAACUGGGGACACGCCGCCAGAGUGUCCCACGCCUCCUGCGCAGCCGCCCUCGCCCUACAGCCAGGGGCAACCGCAGCCGGGCGGGCAGAGUGCGGGGGCGACGGGCGGAAAAGGCGCGGCGGGUGGGGACGCGGCGCGGGGCGGCGGGGGAGCGCCCCCCACACCCCUGCCCAUGACAGGGCAGAUGGCGCCGCCCACGCAGCCCACUCCGCCUCUUGUCAAUCCGCCAAUGGCAGGCGCGCUUCCAAUCCGAGGCCCUGCGCCGCUGAGACCGCCCGGACCUAACGUUGGACCUCCAACUACUCAACAGCCGGGAGUGCCGACGCCGGGUGCGAAACAGAAUCGCAUCACGUCCAUCCCGAAACCAGUCGGCAUUGAUCCCAUACAAAUAUUAAAUGAAAGGGAAAACAGGAUAGCAGCGCGAAUCGCAUACCGGAUGGAGGUGCUCUCCAACCUGCCCGCCAACAUAUCGGACGACCUCCGCCUGCAAGCGCAGAUCGAACUGCGGGCUCUUAGAGUACUCAACUUCCAGAAACAACUGCGCGCUGAGAUAUUGGGCCAAGUCCGACGCGACACGACGCUGGAGACGGCGGUGAACAUCAAAGCGUACAAGCGCACCAAGCGGCAGGGACUGCGCGAGGCGCGCGCCACUGAGAAGCUCGAGAAGCAACAGAAGUUGGAGGCGGAGAGGAAGCGUCGGCAGAAGCAUCAAGAGUUCCUGCAGACUGUGUUGCAACAUGCGAGGGACUUCAAGGAGUACCACCGCAACAACGUGGCGAAGCUGUCGCGCAUGAACAAGGCCAUCAUGAACCACCACGCCAACGCCGAGCGCGAGCAGAAGAAGGAGCAGGAGCGCAUCGAGAAGGAGCGUAUGAGGCGUCUAAUGGCUGAAGAUGAGGAGGGCUACAGGAAGCUCAUUGAUCAGAAGAAAGACAAGCGCUUAGCGUUCCUGCUGUCACAGACCGACGAGUACAUCGCCAGCCUCACGGAGAUGGUGAAGCAACACAAGCAGGAGCAACGCAAGAAACAGCAAGAAGAAGAAAGAAGGAAACGGAAAUCAAGAAAAAAGAAGGUGCUAGAAGGCGGCGAGAUCGAUGCGCUGGAUGACAGCUCGCAGACUUCCGAUUCUCGGAUCAGCGUUAUGGAUCCUAAAACAGGAGAGAUAUUGCGAGGGGAAGAGGCUCCACUGCUGUCCCAGUUCAAGGAUUGGAUGGAAACUCAUCCGGGAUGGGAGGUGUUGUCUGAUUCUGAUGAUUCUGGAGAUGACAGCCAAGACGAUGAAAAGAGAGAGAGACGAGAGAAGCACCACGAGAAGAGUGACAGAGAGAAGACUGAUGAGGAGAAAGCUCGUGAAAUGAUCAAGAAGGCGAAAGUUGAAGAUGACGAGUACAAAACUGAAGAACAGACAUACUACAGCAUUGCUCACACGGUCCACGAAUCCGUCACAGAACAAGCCAGCAUUUUGGUUAAUGGAAAUCUUAAAGAGUACCAGAUUAAGGGUCUAGAAUGGCUGGUUUCCCUUUUCAACAACAAUUUGAAUGGAAUUCUGGCGGACGAGAUGGGUCUCGGCAAGACCAUCCAGACUAUAGCAUUGGUUACCUAUCUCAUGGAGAAAAAGAAAGUCAACGGGCCAUUCCUUAUUAUUGUACCAUUGAGUACAUUGUCGAACUGGGUGCUCGAGUUCGAGAAGUGGGCGCCGACGGUGAUGGUGGUGUCGUACAAGGGCUCGCCGCAGUCGCGCCGCCUGGUGCAGACACAGAUGCGCUCCACCAAGUUCAACGUGCUGCUCACCACCUACGAGUACGUCAUCAAGGACAAGGGCGUGCUCGCCAAGGUGCAAUGGAAAUACAUGAUAAUCGACGAGGGCCACCGCAUGAAGAACCACCACUGCAAGCUGACGCAGGUGCUCAACACGCACUACGUGGCGCCGCACCGCCUGCUGCUGACCGGCACGCCGCUGCAGAACAAGCUGCCCGAGCUGUGGGCGCUGCUCAACUUCCUGCUGCCCUCCAUAUUCAAGAGCUGCUCCACCUUCGAGCAGUGGUUCAACGCGCCCUUCGCUACCACCGGGGAGAAGGUGGAACUGAACGAGGAGGAGACCAUCCUCAUCAUCCGACGUCUGCACAAAGUACUCCGGCCCUUCCUGCUGCGGCGGCUCAAGAAGGAGGUGGAGAGCCAGCUGCCGGACAAGGUGGAGUACAUCAUCAAGUGCGACAUGAGCGGCCUGCAGCGAGUGCUCUACAAACACAUGCAGUCGAAGGGCGUGCUGCUGACGGACGGGUCGGAGAAGGGCAACAAGGGCAAGGGCGGCGCGAAGGCGCUCAUGAACACCAUCGUGCAGCUGCGCAAGCUGUGCAACCACCCCUUCAUGUUCCAGCACAUCGAGGAGAAGUUCUGCGACCAUCUCGGCGGCGGCGGCGGCGUCGUCAAUGGACCCGAUCUUUAUCGUGUUUCUGGCAAAUUCGAACUGUUGGAUCGUAUUCUGCCCAAACUGAAGAAAGCUGGACAUAGAGUGCUCAUGUUCUGUCAAAUGACCCAGUGUAUGACCAUCAUAGAGGACUACUUCUCCUGGAGAGGUUUCUCGUACUUAAGAUUGGACGGUAUGACGAAGGCCGAGGACCGCGGCGAGCUGCUGAAGAAGUUCAACGAGGUGGGCUCGGAGUACUUCAUCUUCCUGCUGUCGACGCGCGCCGGCGGGCUGGGGCUCAACCUGCAGAGCGCCGACACCGUCAUCAUCUUCGACUCGGACUGGAAUCCGCAUCAGGAUCUCCAAGCUCAGGAUCGCGCGCAUCGUAUCGGCCAGCGCAACGAGGUGCGCGUGCUGCGGUUGAUGACGGUCAACUCUGUAGAAGAGAGAAUCUUGGCUGCAGCCAGAUACAAACUAAAUAUGGACGAGAAAGUAAUUCAAGCGGGUAUGUUUGACCAAAAGUCUACUGGCUCAGAGCGACAGCAGUUUCUACAGAGUAUAUUACAUCAAGACGGAGAUGAUGAAGAGGAGGAAAACGAGCUCCCCGACGACGAUCUGAUCAACGAGAUGAUCGCGCGCUCAGAAGACGAGCUCGAGCUGUUCAAGCAGAUCGACAUCGAGCGCAAGAAGACGGAGACGCAGUCGCGGCUCAUCGACGAGUCCGAGUUACCCGACUGGCUGGUGAAAGAGGACGACGAGGUCAUCUGCAACAAGGGUCAAGGCUGGAACUAUCUAGACGACGACGAAACCCUCGGGCGCGGGUCCCGGCAGCGCAAAGAAGUGGACUACUCCGACUCGCUGACAGAGAAGGAGUGGCUCAAAGCCAUCGACGAGGAGUUCGAAGAUGAGGAGGAGGAUGAUGAUGACGAUGAAGUGCUCGAUAAAAAAAGGAAAAAGGGUCGUAAGCGACGACGCCAAGAGGAAUCUGAUGAGGAGGAAGUGCCCUCCUCCUCGUCCUCGAAGAAAAAGAGCAAAACUGAAAUUAAUAUGCUCAAGAAACGUCUUAAAAGCAUCAUGAAAAAAGUCAUAGACUAUACUGAUGAACAUAGAAAUGGUCGGGUACUUUCGGAGCCGUUCAUGAAACUGCCGUCGCGUCGAGAACUGCCCGACUACUAUGACGUCAUCAAGAAACCGCUCGAUAUCAAGAAGAUUAUGAACAGGAUCGAAGAUUGCAAGUACAUGGACAUUUCUGACAUGGAACGCGAUUUCUUCACGCUGUGCGCGAACGCGCAAACCUACAACGAGGAGGCGUCGCUGAUCUACGAGGACUCGGUGCGACUGCGGAACGUGUUCAUUGAAAUCAGACGCCGAUACGACAACGGACAGAACUCUGAUGAGUCUGACGAUAAUGAGAACAUUAAAGCAGAAGAAGAGGAUUCAGACGUAGAGUCGAAUCGAUCUGUCAAAAUGAAAAUCAAAUUGAAGAACAAAAGUAAAAGCACCCCUUCCAGGAAGACUAAAAAGAAAAAAUAUGUCUCCGACGAGGAAUACUUUGAGGAAGAUUAAGUUAAUAUGAUAGUAUUAUAAGCUUCACCUAAUUUACAGUUAAAUAUGACACUUACCUAUAGGAAGUUUCAUCAUUAUGAGCCUAUAUGAAUGGCCCGGAGCGAGGUCUCCCUAUAUAUAGAAGGGAGUUUGGAUUCCAUCAUGCUCCAAUGUGGACUGGUGGCCAAACUGUAAUAGUUCGGAACUCAAAAGAAUUUGCUGCACUCCGGGUGUAUGCAGAUUUCAGAUAUAAAAAGCAACCCGUCAAAAGACUGGGUCAUUUAGCACUGCUUUAUAUGUGUAAUACAAGAAAUGGUAGCUUCCGCCGCGAAUUUUAGUGGACAUCCUAUCUCGUAAUACAGAAUUAAUUUUUAUAUUACUAUAACAAUUAUUAUUACUAUAAAUUGGAUCUGACCGCUAUCAAACAUUAUUAAAUGAGUAUACUAAACCUGUUGCUUAAUCUAUUAACAGUACAUUAAAAAAUCAGGCUUUUAUGAAAUAUUUUUUCUUUCAGUUUUAUUUAUGUGUGGUGAGGUGCAACUUUUUUAGUUAUAAUAAAUAAAAUUAAUUUGGUAUUCAAGAUGAAUCUUUUUACAAUUAUUAAAUUGAAAUCAUAAUGGAAUAAUAUUAUAACUAUUUAAUAUAAUGAUGUAGGAUAAAUAUUCUUACUAAAAUAAAUUUGUAAGCAAAUUCAUGAAAUUAUUUGAUAUUCAAUUUUAUUAUAAUACCUUGGUACAAGAUUGUUUUAUUAUUAGACAUUUAAAUAAAUGUAUUUGUAGUAUCAUGACAUGUAUGUGUUAGUAAAUAAAAAUGCAGUAAUAACGA